CUUAUUAAAUAGAUUAUGUAGUAAUGACAAGAGCUGGUAGUAUAAAUAGUAACAAAUCGGCAUCAACAGUCAACUCGGCCAAUGUAAGCAAGCGAGGGUCGGUUCAAAGAGGAUCAGCGGCACCUUCUCAUUUAGACGCUGACUCUCAAGCUGGCUUCAGAUCCGAUUCUAUUAUAAGCGCUGAUUUGCAUGGAGAAAGAUGUAGUACCGUCUUGGGCAUUGGGUCCAUAUUUAAUAUCCGACGAAAGAAAAAGCGAGGCCCAGGAAAUGCUACAGUGCAAGAAGAUCCGACUUCUCAUGAAGUCACUUUCACAAUAACAGUCAGUCAGGCUGUUCCGACAGACGAGUCUGAGAAACUGAACCCUCUCGUGGGCGUUGACCGAGAACCCACUGAGUCAUCGAUAAGCAACAAGAAAAAGAAACAAGCUGAGGCCCCUAAGCCCAUCCAGUACUUCCACUAUGCUUAUCAUUUGAUCCCCCCUGAUGACGGCGAGGAGGAAACAGUAGCUGAUGUGGUGACAUUUCCCACAGCAGCUAAAGUUUACGGAAAGGGAGCAACUGUCAGUGAGAAUCCGGGUGUAAAAACAUGGCGCGAGGGAGAAAAAACUUGGUUUACAUUCCAACACAAUCACAAAAUCUCCGUGACAAAGGAGCUUCUCCACAAGUUAUUCGAUCACACUCUAGAAGUGAAGGUGUGGAAUAGCAGAGAAAAAGUUUCAUCAACCACCAGGUUCGAUAGACCAAAAGGUUUCCGUUUUCCUGGACCGAAGCCAGGCGAGGAUCCAGAGGACAUCGGGGGAGUGAAACCGACAGUGUUCAGCCAGUCCAGGGAUUUCGUCUCUUUACAGCCUAAGAAAUACUUCAGCUUCAGAGAUGACGUCUAUUAUUCCAAAAGGAGAGACAUCUACAGGAUGUUGCCGCAUGAGAAAGUGGAGCUGGAGAAGAAGUUUGCAGACUGGGCAGACACCAACCCAGAACUCAUCCCCAAAGCACCCGGAACAGGACUCCCCAUGGACGACAAGAACCCGAACGGACACAAGGGUUUGGAAGAGUCAGUGUACAAUAUGGGGGGAGAUGGUGGCGCGGGUGGGGAUAGAGAGGAUGGCAGUCCCUCUGGCAAGAUCCCACACACCAUUGUCGGAUAUCAGACCAGUGCAGCUGAACUGGAGGAGAAUAUGAGGACCUAUAGCAGACUGGGUAGAUUGGCAGCUGCCAGUGACCGACAGGACAAGCCCAUUGCCACCAACAAGGCCAUGUCAGUCGCAUCCUCAAAGGGAACUAGGAGGAACUCAGCCGCCAGCAGAAUGUCUCGCAAAAGUGUGAGUAUUGCCCAUGGUGGCAAGAAGGGAGGAGGGGGCAUUGGGGCUACUUCACUUGACAGGGCGGUGGAUGAGAGGAAUGCGCAUUUCCACAAGUACGGACUGACGUCAGUGUCUGUCAGAAUGUCGAUGCUCUUUGCUGGACUGCGUUCAGUGACCAACAGACUCGACUCGCCUGCGGAAGAUGUGAAUGACAUGUUUGUGACUAUCUCUCUAGACGAUGAUCUCCUCAACGAACAGCAGAGAGAGGCACUCAACCCAAUGAGUAUCAAGAUAGAGUCGACCUCUGCCAUGCCAAACACGCCUAUGACAUACUCGGAGCUAAGGAAACGAUGUCACCCGGCCUACUGCAGAUACAAGUUCGGCAAUCUCGACUGGUACAAGACGCCUCCCAAGGUUCAAGACAGGGACAUACACUGGAAUGAUACCAACGUCGUUCUGCUCGGAAUGAUGGACGCGGCUGAGGUGCGUGAGAUCUUCCGAGGGGGUCUGUUCGAGGUGGAGAUACACGACAGAGAUGGUCGGAAGGUGAAACAGGAGAAGCCAGCGGCGCUGUUCGGGGAGGAGCCGGAUGACGAUAAGAUAUCCAGCAUAGCACUUGUGGCCAACAAGAGAACUGUGCACAACGCAUUCGAGAGUAAAUCUACGUGGGAUCCUUUCGGUGUGGCCAAAUUUGACCUGAGUGAGCUUCUGAGAGGGCGGAAGAGGUUGUGUCUCAAGACUCAGAUCCAACAAGGACCUCUUCCCGAGUUACUGGGACUCCAGACGCAGGGAGGAGAGCCAGGAAGGAUGGGAACAGGACAGGUGGUGGGAAACCCAACAGCCGUAGACGGACCAGUGGAUCUACCUCUGCCCGUGGGUGAAUACCUGGAAAGUGGGGCUAGCAUGAAACUCACUGUAGAAAUCACCCGACUGUUGGCAACCCCCGCCGAAGUGGCCAAGAAUGAGCUGCUUCCCGCCUCAGAAAAGUGUCCAUUUUCGCGCCUAGUGGUGUACUGUGAGCAUAGUGAACAGAACAGUCUGCACAAGGUUUUCUCCAAGAUCAGACUGAUCAACUCAGAGGCACUGCAGCUGAACUACCUUCCGGAACAGUCCAUCCCAGCCGCACUCAAAACAUACAGACUAUCCGAUGAGCAGAAGACAAGUGGGGAGUGUGACGUCAUAACUGGGGUGCAUGUACUGGAUGGCAAAUUUCACCUGUUGCUGCUGGAGGGACUUAGGAGUGGUGCUAUCACUCAGCUGUUCGAACACAUUCAAGCCAAGAGUGGCGACCCUUCGUCCUCUCGACUGCGCCUGAUGUUCGACAGUGACCUGAUGUUCUCUUCUAGACUGUAUGCCUCUUUUGGAGUGUCCCUGUUCCGAGUUCGCAUCCACGAGUCCCUCUCUUCAAUCAUGAUUCAGCCUCUGCUCUAUGUUAGGGACAUGGUUCCCAAAAUGUCAUUCGACUGCCUCACAAAAAUAUCACAGAUUCUGCAAACGAGCAGUCUGAAAGAUGUAGUUCGCAACCAGCUGUUUCCCACUGUAGAUAUGGUCAAGUCGAUGAGCAAGGAGUUCGGAAUUGCUUACUUCCAGGAGACAAACAACAACAACGCGUCUCUAGACAAGAAGAGCAAAAAUGCAAGCACAAAACAUGGAGAUAGCAGCAAGAACAAAUCAGCAGCGACUGAACUUGGGAAAAAGAGUUACAAAUCAUCACACAAAGCGAAGAGUCAGGACAUCGAUCUAGAUUUCGACGAUGCCAUACUACAACACGAAGAUACAGACGUGAAGAUGUUUGGCUCGAGACUGUGGACUCCUCUGGCUAUGAGCAAUCCAGAGUACGAGCAGAUGCUGAGACAGAGGGCGCUGGACAGGGAGAGGAGGAAUUAUGUAGAGGAGAACAAGGACCAUGUAGAGAAGGCGUCUGUCAAUAACAGGAACAACAAUCCCAAGCCUAGAAGGUUCUCGGCGCCUCUGAGAAGUGCGGAUGACAAUGGUGUGUAUAACUACAGUUCGCAUACUGUCAACACCACAGAGCUAUCGAUAGACGAGAUGAGAGAUGUUCUGCAACAGAGGUACCCUGGUCGUCUGUUCACAUUCAUGAAGGAGGACUUUUGGAACUCGGGAGUGAUGGUGCCCUACAAUAUCCAGAGGGCGAAGACGGAGGCCGAGAUGGCGAGCAGAGCAAAAUGGAUGACCAAGGAGGGAUUCCAGUUCCCGGGCAUGGACAGCGCUCUAGCGGACAAUCUGCCGGAGAGACCCCUUGACGAGAAAAGACAGGAGGAAAUCAACCAGUUUGUCUGGCGUGAGAAUACUCUGCACGAAGGGCAGUUGAAGCCAGCCCUCCCCUUUAGAGACGUGUUCACGUGGGAGCAUAGGAAGAGAGAUCUGGACUUGCGGAGUAAGCCGGAGAGGAAUUUUGGGAUGUCCAUGCCUGAGACUAUCAUGCCAGCUGGCGAUAUUAAACUGCAACAGGAGAGAGAAGUAUACAAUAAGAUGAUGAAAGAGUGGCGAGAGAAGAUGGCGGGACGAGAUCCAGUGCUGAAGUUCCACAGACUGAAUCCGGCCACUGAGAACAUGGAAAGGGGAAUAAAGGCCAGCAAUCAGAUCGACAAGACAGCUGGUCUGUUGAAGGACAGUGCCAAUCGAGUGUCCUUGGGGGCUGGAAUGUCCAGCGAGGUGCCUGCGCUGGGCGUGGUCCACUACCCAUCAGUUGACAUCUCAGCCAGAGAAGCUGGAUACUCGCCACCUCCUGGUCUGGCCCAGUCUGAGUCGCUGGGUAGCUACAAGGGUCCCUUCACUCUGGGAGACGAGGAGGAGAAGAGAAUGGGCAACAAUGUAGUCUCUCUUAGGACCCAGAGGUCUCUCUUCAUCGACCCAACUGCCACACACUUCAGAUUGAUCAACCCGACCAAGAACAAACUGUCGACUAGACGGAUCGAGCCACUGACUCAAGAGGAGAAGAACAAUCUCCUGUUCACACCGGCCGCCAAAAUAGAGACUGAACAGAUGGUAGAGAGGGAGAAACAGGUGCCACUCAUCAGAGCCAGUUAGAACAAUGACGCAAUGGAAAAAAACAGUGUUUGAGAAACAAAAGUAAUUGAGCUGAAUGAUAAUCAAAUUUGAACUGGAUGGCACCAAAAAACAGCAAAAAUGCCAAACAUUCGUAAAUAUCUCCAAUUUGCCCAAGCUACAACGACUGUAAAAGAAACUUGACCUGAAUAAAUGCCACAAAAUCAGAACUUGCUGGAACUUACUUGCGUGCAUGAAAUAAUUAAAAGAUUAGACGCGAAGCUCAUUAUAUCUGUCAAAUUAGUUAAAGAAAUCAUAGAACAACUAUCAUCAACAUGUAAAUAAAAUUCAUAAACUUGUAAAAACAAACUGUCCUUCGAUUGUAAAUCUGAAAUUGUAAAUACGUGUUAUAAUUUUGAAAUUGCUAAUUAGAAUUGAAAA